GUCGCCCUCGUUCUUCUUGCACGUGUCUCUCGCGUUGCGCUGGCUGAGUUUGUUUAGAUUAAAGUUAUUUCAUUUGCUGUGCGUGGGCAUGCUCGGUCUGAGUGGAAGGUGUUGAUAUGGCCUUAACAUGUCUGCUCUUGCAUGCCUGUAGCGGGCCGAACGGUAGAAGAGUUCCCCCUUUGACUGCAUGGGCGGAGGAGCACGGUGGGUUUCUGGGGUAUUAACGGGAGCAGACGAGCAAAAGAAGGAUUCAGACUCGGUGUGCUGAAGCAGCUGGGUGAAUCGUCCCCGUCCAGGAUUGACACAUGGAAGACUCAGGACCUGGGCUGCUUACUGCCGGAGAGCGACAGAAAAGUAGCAUUUUUUAUUGCCUAUUUAAAGAGUUCAGGUUUGAUGCGUUGCACAACUCUCCUUCUGGGAUGGAGAGUGUUGCCGCGGUAACUGAACCAGAACAGAGCCAGGCAGAGGGCAAAACCGAUUCGAGCGCCUGUCUCGAGUUCGAAGAACCGCCCGCCUCGCACCCGCGCACUCCUGAGCACAGCCCAGACCCAGCUUCACCCGAAGACCUGUAUGAUGACGAGCGCAACUCUGACUGGUCCGAGGACGAGUCUGCCUCUUCCUCUGACGGCUCCGGCUUGGAGUCUGAGAACUGCGUGCUUGGUCUCCCGGAGUCGCCGGCACACGAUGCACCUGCGGAAGACGCGCGGUUCAAGUGCAGCUACUGUUCGAAGGCGUUCAGCAGCCAGCGUUACCUGCAGAGGCACAAGGCAGCCACGCAAGGUCAGGCUGCGGCGAGGUGCGUGCCGUGUGGGAAAGACUUCCCUGCCAAAUGUGGUCUCAGGGUUCACAGGCUCACCGAGCACAGAGGAGAGAAACGCCCGAACUGCGACGAGUGCGGAAAAGCUUUCGUCACGGCUGCGGCGCUAGCGGCGCAUCGGUGCGGCGGCGCAGGGGGAAGCCGGUUUAACUGCCCUGGCUGUGAGAGAGCCUUCCCGACCAAACAUGCUUUAAAGUUUCAUCUUCUCAGCAUCCACCAGGGGGUGCAACCGCACAGCUGUGAUGUCUGUGGUAAAGGCUUCAGGCAUAAGAGUGGGCUGGCGUCCCAUCAGAGAAUUCACACGGGAGGUAGGCCUUAUUGCUGCGAGGAAUGCGGAAAGACCUUUAUUGCUAAAAGCACUUUUAACGUGCACCGGCGGGUUCACACAGGGGAGAAGGCAUUUAGCUGUGAAACCUGCGGGAGGAGUUUCAGUUUGGCCGCUAACCUUUCCAGACACCGGCAGAGCCACAGGGCGGUGAAGUCUUUUAGCUGCGAAAUCUGCCAGAGGAGCUUUGCGCAGGCCAGCCACCUGCGCAUGCACCGGCGCACGCAUGCCAGCGGCAGAACCCACGACUGCACCAUCUGCGGGAGGAGCUUCGGGCAGGUGCAGUCCCUGCGUGUGCACGCCAAGCUCCACGACACCGCACGGACCUUUUCCUGCCCUGUGUGCAGGAAGGCCUUUCGCUGUGAGACGUACCUGAGGAAGCACCAGCUGCUCCACUCUGGAGGGGCACUCCACAGGUGCGAGAAGUGCGGAGAGAGCUUUGUCUCCGCCGCGCACCUCCGCGCGCACCUCCGGGCACACACGCGGCCGAGCCCCUUUGCCUGCGUGCAAUGCGGGCAGGCCUAUGCUGCCCUCACCGACCUGGCGCAACACCAGAGCUCCCACGCUCCCGGCGGGCACAUCUGUGGAGUGUGCGAGAAGCGGUUUCUUACGAAGAAGAGCCUGGACACGCACCAGCGCGCGCACAGCGGGAAGAAGCCGUACUUCUGCGCCGAGUGCGGGAGGAGCUUUUCGUACUUGUCCAGCUUCCGCAGGCAUGAGAGUGUCCACACGGGAGAGAAGCCCUUCUCUUGCAAGGACUGUGGGAGGAGCUUCAGGGCUGGCUUCAGCCUCCGAGCUCAUGCAAAGAUGCAUGCCAAGUCAAAAGUUCACACCUGUGCAGAAUGUGGGAAGGUUUUCUCAAGUGCGAAAACUUUCAAAAACCACAAAUGUCCUGAAAAAGGUCUUGUAAAGGAUGCAAAGCAUCAAACAGAAAAUGGCAUCUCCAAAGAUUGCGUGUCUUAGCCAUUUCGAUGAAGAAAGCACCACUUGCAUGCACACAAAGUUUAAAGAUAGGUACUCAGAUGUAUAGUACUAAUCAUGAUUCUUGGUAAUUUUUUUUUUUAUUUAAAAAAUUGCACUUCUCAUUAUCAAAAAGCCCUUCAAGGGCUGAUCAGGGGAAACCUGAAAACACAGGGCAGUAGAGCCCCAGGAAUCCUGCUAUAGAGACUAAAACCAUAGAGUAUGGCUUAAAGUGGUAUAAUACUUAUUCACAGACAUUGAAACAAAUGCAUGUGAAGAGUUUGUUGGAACAAAAAAAAUAUUUACACUUAAAUCAGUAUUAAUGCUUCACUUUUGACUGGGAAGGUUAGUUGUAUCUUGUGUUGCAAUUGCAUAAAUAAAUUACACCGGUAAUUUAAUGAAAAUGGAUUUACAAAUAUAAUGAUGUAUAUUAAGUAGUUAUUUAUAGCUUAUAUCACCUAAAUGUAUGUAUUUAUCUGGACAGCUAACUACUUAUCCAUCUGGCUACGUAAGUUACCCAGUGAGUUAUUUAUGGUUCUCUUUAUUUAUGCGCGCUUUUUGUUAGACUGCUAUUUUGAAAUAAAUAAAGCUGCAUGUGUGCAGCGGCCA